AUUAGCGCGGGCGGCGUGGAAAGCUCUCCGCGAUUAAGCCGAGCUCGACGGUGUCAGCCAGAGCAAGUGUCGCUGCUUUUUCGCCAAUACACCUCCAGCCUGCUCUGGACCCGAUCCAUUUUCUUCCAUUCUUUCCAGGAGUGUACGACGCAAGUUGGGUGGCAUCAGAGUGAUUGGUAAAGAGAACAAGCUGCGCCAUGGCAUUUCGACGGGCCCUGUCCACCAGAACCCUCCAGAGCCUCACCACUCGUCCGGUCGUCGCCCGAGCGUGCCGCAUCAUGCCUCAAGCAAACAACAGCCGCGAAACGGCCGUCAGGCGCCUGCAUGCCACCACCUCGCAGCUGCAGCCUGCCGCGACCACCACCGCCGCCACCUCGCCCCAGGAAUACCCCACCUCCCACGAGCCCAUCAGCAAGCCCCUCGAUACCCAGAACUUCAUCAAUAACAAGCUCGAGGCGUCGUCGGGCUCGCAAUGGAUCGAUCUGUACGAUCCCGCCACCGCCAACCUCGUCACGCGCGUGCCGCAGUCGACGGAUGAAGAGAUGACCCGCGCCGUGGAUGCGGCCGAGAAGGCUUUCCACAGCUGGAAGGCGACGAGCGUCAUGGCCCGCCAGCAGAUCAUGUUCAAAUACGUCAGCCUGAUCAAGGAAAACCACGACCGCUUGGCGGCGUCCAUCACCCUCGAGCAGGGCAAGACGUUCGCCGAUGCGAAGGGUGACGUUCUCCGCGGCCUGCAGGUUGCCGAGACCGCUUGCGGCAUCACCACGCAGCUCCCCGGCCAAGUGCUGGAGGUCGCGAAGGACAUGGAGACCAGGAGCUACCGCGAGCCCAUUGGUGUCGUGGCGGCCAUCUGCCCCUUCAACUUCCCCGCCAUGAUUCCGCUCUGGACCAUCCCCGUCGCCACCAUCACCGGCAACACCUGCAUCAUCAAGCCCUCUGAGCGCGACCCUGGCGCGGCCAUGAUCCUCGCCGAGCUCGCUGAGAAGGCCGGCUUCCCGCCCGGCGUCGUCAACAUCAUCCACGGCUCCGCCAAGACGGUCGACUUCAUCCUCGACGAGCCGCGCAUCAAGGCCGUCAGCUUCGUCGGCAGCAACAAGGCCGGCGAGUACAUCUACCAGCGCGCCUCCGCCAACGGCAAGCGCGUGCAGGCCAACUUGGGCGCCAAGAACCACGCCGCCGUCCUGCCCGAUUGCAACAAGAACCACGCGCUCAACGCUAUUGCUGGUGCCGCUUUCGGUGCUGCUGGACAGCGCUGCAUGGCUCUCUCGACGCUUGUCUUCGUCGGUAAGACAAAGGACUGGGCGCCGGAGAUUGCCGAGCGUGCGAAGAACCUCAGCAUGAACGGUGGGUUCGAGGAGGGCGCCGAUCUCGGCCCCGUCAUCAGCCCGGAGUCCAAGCAGCGCAUUGAGGAUCUCAUUGCCUCUGCGGAGAAGGAGGGCGCGACGAUCGUCAUGGACGGCCGCGGCCAGAAGCCCAAGGACCCGAAGUACGCCAAGGGCAACUGGGUCGGCCCCACCAUCAUCGCCAACGUCACCAAAGACAUGCGCUGCUACCGCGAAGAAAUCUUCGGCCCCGUGCUCGUCUGCCUGAACGUGGAGACGCUCGACGAAGCCAUCGAGCUCAUCAACGACAACGAGUACGGCAACGGCGUGGCCAUCUUCACCUCGUCGGGCGCGACGGCCGGCCGCUUCCAGAAGGAAAUCCAGCCCGGCCAGGUGGGCAUCAACGUGCCCAUCCCCGUCCCCUUGCCCAUGUUCUCCUUCACCGGCAACAAGAAGAGCAUUGCGGGGGGUGGCGCGAACACCUUUUACGGCAAGCCCGGCUUGGACUUCUACACGCAGCAGAAGACGGUGACGAGUUAUUGGCGCAGUGAGGAUGCGAUUGAGUCGAGGGCGAGUGUGACUAUGCCGACGCAGUCGUAGGGGGGUUGUUUGAUGAUUUCGUGGGGGGGAAAAGCUCAGAAUGUAACUUACGGGUCUCUUGUAACUAUGUUCAUGAGGCGUAGAAAUGGAUUACGGGCU